UUUAUUGUUAUGAUUGUAUUAUUAAUAAAGAUUGAAUAUAUAUUUAAAAUGGAAGAUAUUGAAUCAGGAGAUGAAAACGUCUCUUCUAAAAAUACAUUACCCAAGAAUCUGGAUCAACAAACAGUAACAAAUUCUCAAUUAGAUUCAAAAGAUAAAAAAGUGGACUGUUUAUUAAAAGCGGCUGGGGAUGCUCCCAUCAUGAAAAAAAGGAGAUGGAAUGUUGAUGGAGUUAAACCAGUAAGUUAUAUUAUAGAAUUUAUAAAGAAGUACAUUAAAUGUGAACCAUCUGAAUCGUUGUUCGUGUAUGUAAACCAGACUUUUGUACCAUCUCCUGAUCAGACAUUAAACAAUCUUUAUGAAUGUUUUGGUACAGAUGGAAAACUUGUUCUGCAUUAUUGCAAAUCUGAGGCUUGGGGUUAAAAAGAACGUUUUUUUCUUUUUAUUUUAUUAGUGAAUAUAUAUAAGUAAAAAUAAAUAUAUAUAUAUAAGUAAAAAUAAAUUGUAAAAAAUUGUAAUUAAAUCUUUUUUAAAACUUUUUUGUUGUUGCUGUUGC